AUGCCACCCAUCCUCAUCCCAAGGCUUCGUUUUCUUCGCGUGCUGUAUGCACGUCGACACCAGUCUUCGCUUCCUUCUUUUGGAUUUGAGUUAAAGCGCCCAACAUGCAAUGAUGACCGUCCAAUUUACUUUGACGUGCAGGCCACUACAAACAUCGACCCGCGCGUUCUUGAUGCCAUGCUUCCGUGGAUGACUUACGGAUUCGGAAAUCCGCACUCCAGAACACACGCAUAUGGCUGGGAAACCGAGGCUGCUGUAGAAGAAGCAAGAACAUCUGUGGCCUCGCUCAUUGGGGCAAGCACGCCGUCAGAAAUCAUUUUCACUUCCGGAGCUACCGAGUCUGUAAACAUGGCCAUCAGAGGUAUUGUGCGCUUUUAUGGCAGCACUACGCAAGUUCCACACAUCAUCACUUCGGUCGUUGAGCACAAGUGUGUGCUAGAUACAUGCCGAUUUCUGGAAGAGGCCGGGGAAGCCACAAUCACUUACCUUCCCGUCAACAAACAAGGCAUAGUCGAUGUUGAGAGUGUGAAAGGCGCUCUACGGCCAGAAACCCGUCUCAUCUCCAUCAUGGCUAUUAAUAACGAAAUUGGGUCUAUUCAGCCGAUCACGGAAAUCGGGCGUGUCGCUCGAUCUCAUGGUGCCUUUUUCCAUUGCGAUGCCGCUCAAGCCGUUGGAAAGAUCCCGAUUGAUGUUGAAAAGUCAUUUAUCGAUUUACUUUCCAUUUCCGGGCACAAAAUCUACGGACCCAAAGGUGUAGGAGCUCUUUUUAUCCGACGUCGUCCCCGUGUUCGUUUGACACCGCUAUUCACGGGUGGGAGCCAGGAGCGGUCAUUGAGAUCCGGUACCAUACCCGCGCCUCUUGUUAUCGGCCUUGGGGCUGCGUUUCGUGUCGCUGCUCAGGAGAUGGAUGCCGAUAUAAAACACAUCGAUCACCUUUCCAACCGCCUCAUCCGCGGUCUGUUUGACCAACUUCCGAUGAUCGAGCGCAAUGGUGCAGUUUCUUCAGAUGGGACUUCAAAUGCUUCCCUUUAUCCAGGAUGUGUCAACAUUUCCUUCAGCUGUGUCGAGGGCGAAUCUUUGCUGAUGGCACUUAAAGAUGUUGCGUGUUCAUCAGGCUCUGCUUGCACCUCGGCUUCGCUGGAGCCCUCUUAUGUGCUUCGAGCCCUCGGCACUGAAGAAGACAUGGCCCAUUCCUCCAUCCGCUUCGGAAUUGGGCGCUUCACCACCAGGGAUGAGGUAGAUGCUGUCACCCAACGAACAGUGCGUCAUGUGCGGCGGUUGCGGGAAAUCUCCCCACUCUGGGAAAUGAUACAACAAGGCAUUGAUCUCCGUAAGAUCCAAUGGACUGGGCAUUAA